AUGCGUUCAAUUUUGGAUCAGCAAAGCAUUAUCCAAUUUCGCCAGUACGCUCAAGAACAGCACCCAAAAGACAUCGCUAAGCAGGAGGAACUUAUUCAGCAGAUGCAAGACCAGUACUUCACUUACUACAUGGAAAAUGUCCAGCGAUCACAAAUGCUGAAUCAGCAGAGACAGAUUGAACAGCUUCUAGACGUGCGAGAGGCGGCUCGUGCAAGUGCAGACACUGAUGCUGACGGGGAGGAUGAAAUGUUAGGCGAACCGAUUCCUCUUCCCCUUGUCCCCGCGAGCAUGUGGACGCGUAAGGACAUCGCGGAAUUCAAAAAGGAUAUUUUAGCCAAUCAGCGCGAAUGCUGUGUCAAGAUAUCCUCUUUAGCCUCAGCUACACUUCGUGUUCCAACCAUCGAGGACGGGACAGGCAUCUUUUGGGAGUUCGCGACAGACUCCUACGACCUGGGCUUCGGUCUCUUCUUCGAAUGGGACCUCACGCCGCAGGAGAACAUCACGAUGACUAUCUCGGAGUCGAGUGACGAAGAAGACGACGAAGAGGUUGCCGGCGAAGAAGGCGUGGAAGCGGACGCCUCAAACCAACGGCACCCUCGCAGCAGCCCGACGCUUCGACAUUCGGGCGAGGCGUCAGAAGCGGACGUUGAAAGCGGCGGUGGAGGCGGAGGCAACAGAAGGAAGCUCCUGAAUGCGCCUCCCACGGAUGAGUUGGUUCCCGUCUACCGUCGCGACUGUCACCUGGAGGUCUACUGCGGCAGCCACCAGUACCCUGGUUGUGGUGUCUACGUCUUCAAGUUCGACAACUCGUUCUCCCUGUGGCGCUCAAAGUGGCUCUACUACCGCAUCCGCUACGCCAAGUGA